GUUCAUUUUCACGUAUUUGCAUGUUAAAUUUAAUAUUAUUAUCGACUCUGUAAUUUCUUUCUUUCUUUUCUCCUUUUUUUUAAUGGGUUUUAAGGUUUAUAAUAAUUGUUGUUCUCAUUUCUUGGGUUUGGUUACCGAGAUAAUGCAUGCAAGUUUUCCUUUUUCGAUGACCAUAUAGAAAUCUCGAAUAUUGUGUUUUUUUUCCCCGUCGAAUUUCGUUAUUCGUUUUAUUUCGGCUUGUUUGGUCGUUCCGGGUAUUUGUGUUUUGCUUGGUUGCUAAGGAAAUUUAUAUUCUGUCUUGUUGCGGAGAAAACUCACUUCAACACCAACUUUUGCAUGCUUCGUGCUUUUUUUUUUCCGUGCUUUUUGUUAAACAAACAUGAUGCUUCGAUUUUCGGGUUUUAAUAAAUACUGGAAAAAAAAUAUGGCCAUGUUUUUGUUUUUAUUUUUAUUUUUAUUUUUAUUUUUUGGGUUAUAAAGUGAGAAAUUCUGGGUAUUUUAGUGAAUAGAAAAGGGUGUUGUUUGGUUGCUGAGAAAACAGAGUAAAAUGUGGGAAAAUUUUGACUCUGGGGUUGGGUUUUUUUGCCCUUGGUUUGUGAAAAAUGGAAGUCUCACAUUAAUUGAAGCUUUUGAGUGGUUGGAUUCAAAGGCUUAGUUGAGGUGAAGGGUUUAAUUUUUCAUUCUCUGGUUUCACAAAAAUCCAAACUCCAAAGGUUCAAAUUUGCUUUUAUUUUGCUUAGCAACCAAACAGUGGGUUAUGGAAAGCGGAAUAGAUUCAUUUUAGUGGUGGGAUGGAAUUGGAUUGUGAAACUGUGUUUGGUGUAAUUUAAUUGUUUUUUCGGUUGCUGGGAAUUUGAAGGAAAUAGAAGGUAAUAAUUGGUUCGAGUCUCGUUUCACAUCUUGGUUACCAAACUGUGUUGAAGGUUGUAAUUUAAAAUUUGUGAAACGAUAUCGUAUGAGGCCUAUGAUAGUGCGAGGUUGAUAGAAAACCUGAAUUUAUGCUUAAGUAGGCCCGUGGAGUUUACUUUGAGGUGGUUUUACAUAGAUGAUUUACUUGGCUGUCUCUGCUCCGUCUUUUUGUUCUUUUUUAUUUUUAUUUUUUGAAAGUUUUGAUUUGGAAAUUUGUGACUUGAACCAAGUGGAAAGUUUGUUGUUCCUUGUUAGUAGAUGUGUCCAUCUUGUAGGGUUUUUUUUUUUAAAGAAAAUUAAAUAAUUACCAAUAAUAACCAUAAGAAUAGAAAUUAAUGUUGUGUUGUAUAGUGUUGAGCAAUUUACACAAGUGCCAUUACAUUUCGAGUUUCAGUUGUAGAAUCCUACUCAAAAGAUUAUAGUUUUGAAUUAUGCAUAAAGGGGAUCGCUUUGUUGUUUCUAUUCUAGUUAACCUGUUUCUUUUACGCCACCCAUCCACAAAUGAAAUUGUAUUUUUGUUUUUGACUAUGUGCAUGAUUAUUUUUAGAGACACCAUAAACUAGCAAGACUUAUCAUGUACAACCAAAGUGCUAUGGAGUUUGUAUUUUGUUAGGGUUUGAGAAUGUGUGAUUUGAAGAUUUGACUUUGAGAGUUGAGCCAUCUUUAGAAUAAAUAGGUGGUCUUUGAGUAGUUAUAGAACUGAAGAGUUGCUCAUUCCUUUUAAUAGUUAUUUAUGGCCACCAGAGAGAGAGCUAGCUGUGCCUUCAAGGCAACAAGAGCUCUGGGAAUUCGAGAUGAAGAGGUGAAGCCAGUGCUGUUAAAUCUCUUGAAGCUGUUUGAUAAGAACUGGGAACUUAUUGAAGCAGAAGAUUAUCGGGCACUCAUAGAUGCGUAUUUUGAGUCGAAGGAAAGUGAGAGGGUAUCAGACGAGAAAAGUCUCAUGGAACAUUCUGUGUAUGAAAGACCCUCCAAGAGACCACAUCUUGAACAACAGAAAGAUCAGAUUUCUUCUUCAACAGAUAGCCUGAGCCCAGUUGAAAAAGUGAUUUUCUCUUCGAUGGCUCCUAAAGACUCAACUUGUAAGAGGGCAUCAUGCGCAUUUUCUUCUGAACGACUGGCUGUUGAACCUCGCUGUUCUCAUCCUCAGAAAGAAAAAAUGUCUAGUAAUUGUCACACCAGAGAGCUUAUUAAGCCGAGAACUAAGCAAAGUGUCAGUGAUGAGGCAGAUUUUGCAGAACCCCCAGCAGCGGUCCAUCCAGUUUUUCGAGGUUCUUUUGUUGGUUCAACAAAUGGGAAUAAUUUGGUAACUCUCCUGGGAUCUCAAUGUGAUGCUUCAAGUUCCAAGGAUAGGAUGUACUGUAAUAGCAAUGUUCUUAUUGCUUCAUCGACCUCUGGAGAAGUAAAAAUUUCACUGAACUGUGAUUCUGCAGUUAGAUGUCAAAACUUCAAAGUUCCAGAUUUCAAUUCAGUUCUCAAGUAUUUGGAGGAUAAAUAUCUCAAGACACACAAACUUGUCACACCUGAAUUUUCUAUGAAGACUUUAUUCAAAGAUUUGUGUGAAUGUUAUGUGCAAGUGGGUCAACUUCAUGAUCCACUGCCAAACAACAAAGCUUUGAGAAUUGACAAUUCCGAUAUGGUCGUGGACAAGAAGGCUUCAAGUUCUUUCAGAUUGCCACAUUCUUCUAAGAAUUUACCAAAGGCUAAGCACAAAGCAACUGCUUGUGAUAAGAAGAGGUCUGUUCGUAGUCUCAAUGAUAUAACAAAGGGUGCAGAAAAUGUCAAAAUUUCAUUGGUAGAUGAAUCUGGCAAUGAGGAUUUCCCAAAGUUCACUUAUAUACCACAUAAUAUAAUAUAUCAAAAUGCUUACUUGCUAAUCUCACUGGCUCGGAUAGCGGAUGUAGAUUGCUGUUCAAGUUGUUCAGGUGAUUGCCUUUCUUCUCAGAUACCCUGUGCAUGUGCUCGUGAAACUGGUGGAGAAUUUGCUUACACUCCAAAAGGCCUUUUGAAAGAUGAUUUUCUAACUGCAUGUGUGUGCAUGAGACGGACCCCUAAAAAAGACCAUUUUGUUUAUUGUCAAGACUGUCCAUUAGAGAGAUCAAAGAAUGAACCAUGCAAGGGUCACCUGCUCAGAAAGUUUAUUAAAGAAUGCUGGAGAAAAUGUGGAUGUCACAUGACUUGUGGAAAUCGAGUGGUUCAACGUGGUAUUACAUGCGACUUGCAGGUGUUCAUGACUCCUCAAGGUAAAGGCUGGGGUCUUAGGACACUUCAGGAUUUGCCUAAAGGAUCCUUCAUCUGUGAAUAUGUUGGGGAAAUACUGACCAACACAGAGUUGUAUGAACGAAAUAUUCAGAACAGAGGCAAUAACAGGCAUACUUAUCCUGUUACACUUGAUGCAGACUGGGGCUCAGAGAAAGUACUGAGGGAUGAAGAAGCAUUGUGUCUUGAUGCAACUUUCAGUGGCAAUGUUGCAAGAUUUAUUAAUCAUAGAUGUCAUGAUGGAAAUUUGAUCGAUAUUCCAGUUGAAGUGGAGACCCCUGAUCAUCAUUAUUACCAUCUUGCCUUUUUCACUACAAGGGAUGUAACUGCCUCAGAAGAACUGACGUGGGAUUAUGGAAUCGACUUUGAUGAUUAUGACCAUCCAAUAAAGGCAUUUCGAUGUUCUUGUGGAAGUGCAUAUUGCAGAGGCAUGAAUAGUAUAGGUUAGGACAUUCUAGCUUGAUCAUGAAGAGGCACUUGAUUGCAAUUGGACGACGGAAGGACAGUGGGAAACAUAAACAGUAUUUUUUGAUACAGGAGCUUGAUUGCUCUGAGAUAACAGAUGACGAGCAGAAAACUAUAAGCUUUUGUUAAUACUUUCUUAUGGUGUUUGAUGAUGAAGACCGCACUAAGGUCGUCAAUUAAUGAAUUUUGCUCCCACUGUAGAUGCAGCAUUUUAACCAGUUCUCCUGUUUACAAAAGGAAGUUUGUGAAUAUACAGAACACAGGAGAUGACCAUAGUUCUUUUGUUCGAGUUUUAUUUAGCAUUUUUGGCCUUAUCAAUGACAAGGUUAUAGAAGCUAGGAGCCCGCCUUUGUCAGUUUUCAGGGCAAACAACUGCCCUGGGUGUCGGAAGAUUUUUAAAUAGUGACACAUGCAUGUGGAUUCAUUUCAGGUUCCUUGUACAUUGCCUAUUUCUUGAAGCUUGUCCUCAAACCGAAGAAAGGGAAUUUUGGAUCAUGGGUUUCCACCUUGUGAUACAUGAACGGAAAUUAUUCUUAAACCAGUGAAACUAUUGCGUUCUCUCUCUCGCUGAGUUAAACAUUUAUAUAGGACUUCAUGAUCUCUUGAUCAUCGCAAUUCAUAAUUUGAAGAAAAUACAGAUUGUUGACUGAAGGGGCUGGCACUGGCAUUACUGAUUCUGUGACAAAAAUAGGGGAUUUUGGUUUGGCGAGGAAAGCUGAGAAGAACAACAAAAGGAAUCAUGUUCCUUGUCUCGUGAGGUUUGCUUUGUAUAUGGCGCCAGAGUCUGUAGUUGAUCAUGUACAGGAGGCUCCCUCUGAUACCUGGGCUCUAGGAUGCAUAGUUUCCGAGAUUUCGAGCGUCAAACCACUGCUGAAGAGCUUCUGAGAAAGAUUGCAGAUGAGUAUCCUAAGAUUUCCAAGGCGGGAUGUCUCGCAAGGAAGCCAUUGUUCAGAUUGACUGCUAGUUUCUUCUCUCUCUACCUGGUCAGACGAUGCAGAAGACAGUCUUAGUGCUGCUGGGUCUGGAGAUGUUCUUGCAGUGGAAUCUCAAGAACAGGUUUCAUCUUAUACACUGCAGCAGUAUCCACUGACUCAGCUCCUUCCCUGUUGGUUUAUAAAAGUGACAUACAUCAACAACUCUUUGUAAAAUAGGUGUAGCUGGAUAUGAUUAUUCAGAGAAGUCGUUUAUUUUUUCAACAGAAUUUAUAACGCAGACCUUCUGGUCAUUGGUUUCAGUGAGCAACAAGAACAUAAAAUUCAUCUUUUUUCUCUGACA